AGGAGGACGACAACAUCCCCGUGGAGAACCUGCUGCUGUUUGAGAUUGCCUGGGAAGUGACAAAUAAAGAUGGGGCCUUUACUAUGACUUGGAAUCACUGGAGUGACAGCUUUCAUCAAGCAGAAAGCCCAGAAAGCAAUUUUCACACACUGUAUCCUUCAUAACAAAGUGCUUUUGGCUAAAUGGAUAGAGGAUAAGCUUAAAUUAUUUUUUAUUUUAGUUAUUUAUUAAUUAUUGCUGAUUUGCUGUAGUGUUGACAAUGGGUUUAAUAAGACAUAUUGAAAGAGAGAGAGAGAGAGAGAGAGAGAGAGAGAGAGAGAGAUAGAGUGUGUGAUUUAAAAGUAACAUAAUCAAAAGGAAGGAAACUCGUAGACAGAGGCCAGUGGAUGCCAUUGAAAAUGGGUUUAGUGUAUGGCACAUGUUUCGUCACAUAUUUGUGUGACGCCCCCCAGUGGUAGCGCUAUAUCCACACGUAUCAGUAUUUAGACUUAGAGAAAGCUUCUGUGAGUGAGACAGUAGACAUUUGUGCAAUGCUCUGUUUAGAUUAUUUCAUUAUUCUGUAAUGCUGUGCAUUGUUUUUAACUGUUUACCUACUGUCUACAGUUAACUGUUGUCCCACACUCAAAAGUAAGAGGAUUCACCAGUACUGUAUGUGCACAGGUGUUUUUUUGUCAUAUGUGUCAUUCAUGAGUAUGUGUGUGUGUGUGAGAGUGUGUGCCAUUGUGCACAUGUGUGCAUACGUGUGUGUGUGUUUUUGCCCCUUGUCCAGUUGGAGGAAUCUACACAGUCAUUCAAACUAAGGCAAAGAUCACGGGGGAUGAGUGGGGUGAUAAUUUCUUCAUGAUGGGGCCCUAUUACGAGCACAACUUCAAGACGCAGGUGGAUCCAUGUGACCCUCCGACGCCGGCCAUCAGGAAGGCCAUGGACGCUCUGACCAACAGUGGCUGUCCGGUGUACUGUGGGCGCUGGCUGAUUGAGGGCAGUCCCUUCGUCAUCCUCUUUGAUAUUGGGGCUGCAGCAUGGAACCUGGACCGCUGGAAAAGAGACUUGUGGGAUACGUGCGGCAUCGGCAUUCCAUACCACGACCGCGAGGCCAGCGACGCGCUCAUCUUCGGCUCGCUGGUGGCGUGGUUUUUCAAAGAGUUAACGGAUGAGAUUGGAGAGGAGCAGAACGUCAUCGCUCAUUUCCAUGAGUGGCAGGCCGGGGUCGGUCUUGUGCUCCUGCGCUCACGCAAGGUCCCCAUAGCAACAGUGUUCACAACACAUGCCACCCUGCUGGGACGCUACCUGUGCGCCGGGAACGUGGACUUCUACAACAACCUGGAUAAAUUCAAUGCUGACAAGGAAGCCGGGGAGAGGCAGAUCUACCACCGCUACUGUCUGGAGCGGGCAUCUGUCCACUGCGCUCACACGUUCACCACUGUAUCGCAGAUCACAGCCGUGGAGGCCAAUCACAUGCUGCACAGGAACCCAGAUGUUGUGACACCCAACGGGUUGAAUGUGAAGAAGUUUUCGGCCAUGCAUGAGUUCCAGAACCUGCACUCCACAAACAAAUCUCGCAUCCAGGAGUUUGUCCGAGGACAUUUCUAUGGACAUCUUGACUUCAACCUGGAGAAAACACUAUAUUUCUUCAUCGCUGGCCGAUAUGAAUUCUCUAACAAAGGGGCGGACAUCUUCCUGGAAUCACUGUCCAGGCUUAACUAUUUACUGAAGAUUCAUAAGAACGAUGUGACAGUGGUAGUCUUCUUCAUCAUGCCUGCCAAGACCAACAACUUCAACGUGGAGACACUAAAGGGACAAGCUGUGCGUAAGCAGCUCUGGGACACUGCUCAGUCAGUGAAAGAGAAGUUUGGCAAGCGUCUGUAUGAGGCAUUGCUGAAGGGAGAGAUCCCUGACAUGAACAAUAUCCUGGAGAGAGACGACUUCUCCAUCAUGAAGAGAGCCAUCUAUGCCACCCAGAGAUACUCUCUUCCUCCAGUGACAACACACAACAUGCUGGAUGAUGCUAAAGACCCCAUUCUAAACAAUGUGCGUCGCAUCAAUCUUUUCAACAGCCGCAACGACCGUGUGAAGAUCGUGUUCCAUCCUGAGUUCCUGUCCUCCACGAGUCCUCUGCUGCCGAUGGACUAUGAGGAGUUUGUGCGGGGGUGCCACCUCGGGGUCUUCCCCUCCUACUAUGAACCUUGGGGCUACACACCAGCGGAGUGCACAGUGAUGGGAAUCCCCAGUGUCACUACCAACCUGUCGGGUUUCGGCUGCUUCAUGGAGGAGCACAUCUCCGACCCAGCAGCUUAUGGCAUCUACAUUGUGGACCGGCGCUUCCGCUCGGCCGACGAGUCAUGUAACCAGCUGACCCAGUUCAUGUUCGGGUUCUGCCAGCAGUCGCGGCGGCAGCGCAUCAUCCAGCGCAACCGCACCGAGCGGCUGUCGGACCUGCUGGACUGGAGGUACCUGGGACGGUUCUACAUGCGAGCCAGAAAGUUAGCCCUCAGCAGAGCGUUCCCUGAUAAAUAUGAGAUGGACACCUUGGCUCCGCUUCAGGCGGAGAGCUUCCGCUACCCACGCCCCCAGUCCGUGCCUCCAUCCCCCUCGGCCUCGGCUCAUUCCACCCCCCACCACUCUGACGUGGAGGACGAGGAUGACGACGAGCCCUACGAUGAAGAUGAGGAAGCCGAGUGGGACCGCCAGAACAUUAAGACGCCCAACGUCAUGCUUGGGACUGGCAAGACGAAACAACCAGAGCAGAACGGCAACUAAAUGCCCCCGUCUUGUCUUCAAAUGCCCCACUUUGCCCCCUUUACUGGUGAAACGGCUUUCCUUUGGCCUUCUAACACCCAAGAAGAGGAAGAUUUAUGUGUCUAACAAAAUGUCAUACAUGAUCUCCCAAUACAGUGGUGUUAUGCAACUUAAUGGAUCGCAAAAAAGUGAGUAAUAUCUAUGGUGUUACCUGACAGAGAGUUUCACCAUCAGUUUUAAUGGCAAUUAAUAUGGAAGCAUAUUAGGACAUUAUUAUUCAUUAUGUGCUAAUAUUGUGCUAAUAUUGAUCCAUAAAAGUAAAGGAUCUGAUCAUAACUGUUUGAGCCAUUUGGACACUGAAGUCCUUUGUGUUUACCCUCUGGGAAUCAAUAGUACUAGAUACUAUUCAAAGUCAAUAUCUAAUCACAUAAUAUGUUGAAGUGACGCAAACAUCUGCCUGUCAGUGCAGGAAAAUACGCUGAUAAUCUGAGGAUAAAAUUGGAAAUAAACACCUGACAUAUUA